GAGCCUUGCUCCCGGGAAUGGGAGCGGGGUGGGCAGCGCUGGAGAAUAACGCCCAGGAACCGGGACUGCGAGCCCCAGGCUCCCGGGAAAGCCCAGCAGUCUAGAGAAGCUGGGCUUAGAGGCGCCCCUCUUUGAAGAGUUCUCAGGAAGUUUGGGGGAGGGGCGAGUCGCUCUCUCCUGUUGAAAGCGAGCGGGAGGUUGAGGAGGGACCACAGUGGCAGCAGGUCUCGGAGCUGUCACGUUCCUGCUCACGGGCGGGGUUGGGUGCCCCUGGCGGGGUCUGCGGGACGGAGAGGGCCGAGGGCAGAGCGCGCACGCCGGCAUGGAGGGACUGGUCCUGCUCAACGCCCUGGUCACCCGGCUGCUGUUCUUUCUGCACUCGCUCAUCGGGGUCUGGCGAGUGGCCGUGGUGAAGAAGGAGCCGAGGUACUGGCUGCUCGCGCUGCUCAACCUCUUGCUCUUUCUGGAGACUGCGCUCACCCUCAAGUUCAAGCGCGGCCGAGGCUACAAAUGGUUUUCACCAGCCAUAUUUGUGUAUCUGAUUAACAUCGUUCCAUCACUGUGGAUUCUUGAAGUGCAACAUGGGAACCAGUAUUGUGGUAGCCAAUCUGAAGGAAUGUCACAGAAUACCAGUAGCAAAGAAGACUUCAAUCAAACUCUGAUAUCAAGUGAAGAAGCCCAUGGAGGCGAUAGUCUCAUUGAGACGGCCAAAGUGUUUGUAAAUAACUUAUCUACAGUAUGUGAGAAAGACUGGACUCUGGGACUCCAUCAGACAUUCCUGUUAAUGCUAAUUAUUGGAAGAUGGCUUCUACCUAUUGGAGGCACAAUCACUCGAGACCAACUCUCUGAACUUCUCCUUUUGUUUGUGGGGACAGCUGCUGACAUACUGGAAUUCACAAGUGAGACCUUGGCAGAAAACACUGUGAGGAAUAACCCAAGCCUAGUCUAUGGCAUCCUUUGUAUUUGGACCUGGAGCAUGCUGCAGUUUCCACUUGACCUGGCAGUACAGCAUGUCGUGUGCCCCUUGUCUGUGAGGGCGAGGGGGUUCCCCAGCCUGUUCUUUUGCCAGUACAGUGCCGAUCUGUGGAACAUUGGAAUCAGCGUCUUCAUACAAGACGGUCCCUUCCUCAUCGUGCGUCUCGUACUGAUGGCCUAUUUCAAAGUUUUCAACCAGAUGCUGGUGUUCUUUGCUGUUAAGAAUUUCCUCGUGGUGAUGUUACACCUCUACCGCUUGGUUGUCCUGGCACUGGGUGCCCGCGCCUCUCUGCGAAGGCAGCCAGGGGUCCUGAAAGGAGAGCGGGGCGGCCCAGCCGAACCCGUGGAGAGUGGGGUCUCCCCCGGGGCCUGGGAGGGCGAUUCUAAGGAGGGCGUGGCUGUGCCUUUGCGGGCCUCGCCAGGCACCUCGGAGGACUCUCCCCCCACCCCGUAG